AACCCUUUCGAGUCAAUCUGGCGUUGUCUCGGACCUCUUUUUCAAACUGUAUAUUUCUCUUCCCCAUCUCCCUCUCUCUGUGUGUGAGCUUCCUCUCUCUCUCAGAGUGAGUAAAAGAAACAUGGCCCCCAAGAGGAAACCUUCGGCUUCCUCCUCCGAAAGUUCCUCUUCCUCCUCGGAACAGGAAGAUAAAUCGCACUAUGAGCGUAAGCCCGCUGUCCAUCCCCCAGAAUCCCCUACCUCUGAAAACGAGGAAUCUGAGGAAGGGGAAGAAGAAACUGUUCGAGAAUCGGACGAACAAGGGGAGGAAGAUGAUAAUGACGAAGAAUCUGAAUCCGAGGGUGUAAAGACGAAGCCACCCACUAAGGCCCGGUCCUCCACUACCCGCUCCUCCUCCAAAGACAAAGGGAACCCUGCUAACCCACCCGCCUCUCACUCAGUCAAGCCUCUUGGCUCGAAGCCCAUGGACAUUCCGUUGGUCACUGAUUCCCCUAAGUCCAGGGCCACAAAGUCGAUAAAAAGCCCGCCUCCUCCCUCAAAACGCUCUGAACCCAUGAAAUCUAGAAAAGAUGAUAGCAAAGAUCUCAAAAAACGGAAGCUUUCAGAGGUAAAUGCUGAGGGAGGUGGGAAGCAGCUUUUUCAGAGGAUUUGGAAAGUUGAUGAGGAGAUUGACCUUCUCAAAGGGUUCCUCGACUAUUCGAAGAAGUACCCGAAAGGCCUUCAAGACCAUGCGGCCAUCUAUGAGUUUGUUCAGAAGUGGCUUAACAGUGAGAGUAAUAAAUCUCAGUCUCAGGUUGUGGAGAAGCUCAAGAGGCUCAGGAAGAAGUUCAAGAACACUUUUGCGAAAGAGGAAGCAGGAAAAGAGGUUAAUUUCAAGACUCCAGAGGAGCAGGAUGUUUAUCAGAUCUCGAAGAAGAUCUGGGGCUGUGAAAAUACUAAAGAAGAAGCUGAAUUUGAAGAGAAUGACUCCCAAAAACCCAACCCCAGUCCUGUUUCGAAUGCAAAGACGAGACGCAUUUCCAAGGCAAAUGCAGUCAAGAAGGAGUGUGUCCAGAACCAUGUGGAGGGUGGCAAAGUACCUGAGUCGAUGGAUCCAGGCUCGACAUUGGUUGGUGAGUGGAUUCAGAGUGGGCCGAGUCCCCAUAGCCAUCCUGGGUUUGUGCCAGGGUUUGGUGGGCUAGGGUUUGUUGGGGGGGAGGGGCUUGCGAAGAGGGUAUUGGGGUCGAUGGAGAAAUCAAAGGUGAGGAUGUUGGAGGAGAAGUGGAGGAGGCAGCAGAUGUUGGAGAUGGAUGCCUACUUGAAGAGAGUGGAGCUGGUGCAUGAGCAAACAAAGUUAAUGGUGGAAACGCUCAAGUCGAUGAAUGCAUACGUCUACUUAUAGAUGGAAAGGUUUGCGAACAUACAAUUUGCUGCUUCUAUGGUCCAUCUAAUGACUCAGUACGACAAUGCAGUUUGGAUCUAGAGAAAAGAAUAUAUGGGGGGGGAAUAAGACACAGUUCUCGUUUAACUCGAUAAUUUGCUAACUAGCUUGCAAUGUUACUUUGGUGCAUUGCUUCUCCACCGUGUUUUGUUGUGCUUUAUUUUUCUGAGUUAUUUUGAACAUUUUGAGAGGAUAUUAUGUCUUCUGUCUUUUUUGAUGCUUAAUUCCAGUUGUCGUGGAACAAAUACUGCUUAUCUAUGCAUUAUUUCAGAGAGAAAUUGUCAGUCAGAUAACCACUUUGUGGGACGGGAUAUAGAGAUCUGUGCAGUUUAUGUUUUGUAGAUUUGUGGUGUGUUUUUCGUAUUUCUGGGUAAAAUUAGUUCAGGGUGUCUCAUGUGAUUUUCCAAACUUUCCCAUUUAUGGUAUAUAUUGUAAGGGAUUGUCUCCCACAGGAUAUAGAGAUCAGUGCAGUUUUUGUUUUGUAGA